CUUUUGUGCAACAGUGCGGCCAAAAGAAACAGUUUCCUUUGUUAUUUGCCCUUAUGUCAAGGAGAAAGAAGGAAGACUAUAUGAUGGUUUUGCAAGCCAUAUUAGAACGGCUAGAUGAACCCGUUGUUGAGGAAAUUUUGCUGUACUUUGAAAAGGCGGCUUGGCAGUCCAUUCGAGAAGUAUUACCCGGCAUUUCAAUCCGUGGGUGUGUCUUCCAUUGGACACAGGCAUUAUGGAGACGCGUGCAGGAACUUGGACUAGCUGCCACCUAUCGUGAGAAAAAGGCAACUCACUGGUUCAUCAAGCAGUUAAUGGCCCUUCCAUUUCUGCCUUCAAAUGACAUCAACCCCACAUUCCGGGCAAUGCAAGAAAAGGUUCAGGAAUCUUCCUCUCUAAAGUCCCUCACAGACUACAUGGAAAGACAGUGGAUUAACAACGCUGUAUUCCCUAUUCCAGCCUGAUCCAUCUACAAACAGGAGAUUCGUACCAACAACGAUACCGAAGGAUGGCACAAUCGUCUCAAUGGCAAAGCCGGGCAUGGAAACAUUGGGUUCUACCGCUUGAUUCCUCUGCUGCAGAAGGAGGCUGAAAUUGUGCACGUCCAGGUUUCCGCACAGGACCUGUCUCGUGAUGCCAGAAUAACUAGCACAAGGGUGGAGAAGAAAA